UAUGUAGUAAAUUAGUAAAGAGAAAGAGAAUCAAAUCUAAUAAGCUAUGGAUUUAGAAAAAGAUGUCUUAGGCACAUUAGCCAAAGUUAGAUAAUAUGAAGCAUCAAUAAAUACACUGAAAAGAAACAUACAAAAAUGUAACAUUACUUUAAAAGAAUUGAGUAGUAUUGAUCAAUAGAAGACAUUUCAACCUAUUGGAAGAUGGUAUCAGAUUUUAUAAAUGUUCAUAGUUUUAUUUUGAAACCAAAAGCUGAUAUUGUGAACGAAGUCAAUGAAAAUAUCAAAUCUCAUGAAAGAGAAAUUGAUGAAUAUGAAAAAGUUAGAUAACAUUUAGUUACAAAAGGAAAAGAGAAAGAGACUUAAUUGUAAGAAGCAAUGAAAUCAUUAAAAAUUUGAAA